AUGCUUAUUCCUGGUCCUGAAAGUCUAGGAGACGCAAUUGAUGUUUUUCUUCAGCCUUUGAUGGAUGAAUUAAAGGAAUUAUGGGAAACUGGAGUGGAGACCUUUGAUGCGUCAACUAAACAUAACUUUAUGUUGUACGCAACUUUAUUAUGGACCAUUAAUGACUUUCCGGCUUAUGCAAACUUAUCUGGAUGGAGUACAAAAGGAAAAUUGGCUUGCCCAUGUUGCAAUAAAGAAACAUCCUCAAUUAGGUUAGAAAAUGGUAAAAAGCAGUAUUAUAUGGGUCAUAGGCUCUUUCUUCCUCUUAAUCACAAAUGGAGGAAUGAUAAAGAGUCAUUUGAUGGCACUAAGGAGCGAAGACUACCACCCGAAAUUUUAUCCGGUGAGGAUAUACUUGAUCAAGUGGCUGAUUUAGAUAGUUUACCACUAACAAAGGAUCCAAAGAAAAAGAUUAAAAUAUCACAUGAGAGUAGGAGUGAUAAUUGGAAUAAGAAGAGUAUUUUCUUUGAUCUUCCCUAUUGGAAAACUCUAUUGUUGCGACAUAAUUUAGAUGUGAUGCAUAUUGAGAAAAAUGUAUGUGACAAUAUUUUGGGGACAAUCUUAAAUGUCAAAGGAAAAACCAAAGAUACCAUAAAAGCUCGAUUGGAUUUGCAAGCAAUGAACAUAAGGAAAGAAUUGCAUCCAAUUAAAAGUGGGGAUAAAUAUGAGCUACCAACAGCAUGUUACACGUUAUCUCUGGAAGAGAAAAACAAAUUUCUCAGAUUCCUAAAGAACUUAACGGUCCCAGAUGGAUAUUUAUCAAAUAUAUCUCAGUGUGUCAACACUAAAGAUCGCAAAAUUUCAGGCCUAAAAAGUCAUGAUUGCCAUGGUCUUCUACAAUAUUUACUUCCACUUGCUAUACGUGGUAUGCUUUGCAAAUCUAUAUGUGAACCUCUUAUUGAGUUAUCUUUAUUUUUCAACUUGCUUGGAGCAAAAUGUUUAAGAAUAGAUGACUUAGAACAGAUAGCAGCUCAAAUUCCUAUAACUCUGUGCAAGUUAGAAAAUGUAUUCCCUCCUUCAUUUUUUGAUGUAAUGGUGCACUUGCCGAUUCAUUUAGCUAAUGAAGCUAUGAUUGCUGGACCUAUUCAAUAUCGAUGGAUGUAUCCAGUGGAGAAAUGGCUAUACUUUUUGAAAUCUUUAGUUGGAAAUAGUGCUUGCCCAGAAGGUUCUAUCGCGGAGGGAUAUUUGGCAACUGAAUGUUUGACUCUAUGCUCAAGGUACUUGCAUACAAUGGAAACAAAGUUUAAUCUCCUUGAGCGGAAUUAUGAUGGUGGUGUUAUUGAAUCUGAUGGAGGUUUAACAAUUUUUUCUCAACCUGGAAAAGAAUUAAGAGAUGGAAAAUUGGACAAACUUAAUCCACAUGAAUUAGAGAAAGCACAUAUUUAUAUUUUGAAGAACUGUGAUGAAAUUCAACCAUUUCUCGAAGAGUUUUCAGAAAUUCCAGGUGAUACCUCUCAAAAACAUUCAGAUAGGGAGUUCAUUAGUUGGUUAAAAGAAAAAGGUUGUCGAAUUGUACAAAUGUGA